CUUCUCUCACUCGUCACUCGUCACAUGACCCGCACUCCUGUACGGUAGGCCAUAGUUGACAGUGGCACUAGUUUAGCGAAGUGAGUGCGUGAAGAUCGCUCUUUUAUCCGACGUUCGCGUUUCGACAACCUGUAAAUACUCGUAAUCAAAUUGACCUACGAGUCUUAAACACAUCAAAAUGAGUAGCUCCGGCGAACUUACGGAAGAACGUCCUGUUUACGCGCCCUUCUUUGGAGUGAUGGGCGCCGCCUCAGCCAUUAUAUUUUCUGCUCUGGGAGCGGCGUAUGGCACAGCAAAGUCAGGUACAGGAAUUGCGGCAAUGUCUGUUAUGAGGCCAGAACUUAUCAUGAAAUCUAUCAUUCCUGUUGUUAUGGCUGGUAUCAUUGCCAUUUAUGGUCUUGUAGUAGCUGUUCUCAUUGCUGGCGAUCUAGAGGAACCUAGUAAAUACAGUCUUUUCAAGGGUUUUAUUCAUCUGGGUGCUGGCUUAGCCGUAGGUUUUUCUGGUCUAGCUGCCGGAUUUGCCAUUGGUAUUGUUGGUGACGCGGGUGUAAGAGGUACCGCUCAACAACCUCGCCUCUUUGUCGGUAUGAUCUUGAUUCUAAUCUUCGCUGAAGUAUUGGGUCUCUACGGUCUCAUCGUUGCCAUCUACUUGUACACCAAGUAAAAAUAUUUUAGUGGCAGGAAUGCAAGACUCGUCGCCUGCAAUCAACAGCGCUCCCCGACUAUUAUAUUGCGACUUGUUUCGACAUUUUACUUAAACACAUUUUUCCAUGCAUACUCACGUCGACUCAUCUAAGCAUCCUUCUGUAAUACUGUAUUCAAGUUGAUAUAUUAGAGUCCAAGCAUUUAAUAAGUACAUAUUCAUUACAUAAAUGACACUAUUGUUGAAAAUACUGCAAGCAAGUAACAAGAGUGCCGAAAUCUGUUAAUUGAUUCAAAUAUUUGAAAUCGAGGAAAAUAAUUCAGUCUUGCAGGAAGAGGAUGUAUGUACAGAAGAUAUGAAAAAAAAAAACAAAAAAAAAAACGAAGCAACAGGCAAACAGGGAGUUAACACUGAGGAAAGACCCCAAAUAUCCCAUGCCGAAACAUUUCUCUUUCACUGUAUAGUAAUCAUUUGUAGUGUAAUUUGACAUUGAAUUAUCAUCAACUAAGAUAAUCGGCUCUACUGAGUGUAUAAAGAAAACAAAUGUUAUUGAUAAAAGAAUAUUUAGCACAAUUAUAUAUUAAUUGCGAUUGAAGUGGCAGUAUACAGAUUGCAGAUGAACGUCUAUACAACAAGUCUAAACAAAUGAAAUUAUAAUAUCUGAAUACGAGAAAGAGCGAAGAACAUACAAUUUGUGUGUGGAAAACAGUAUAUGGCGGUUCGAUGUGUGUGUGGUUUAUUGGUUAAAGAAGUGUUGUGAGAGGGAGAGAGAAGAGAAAAGGAUAAUGAUAUAAAAAAUGGAUCGUCAACUUCAUGCGUUUAAUUAUUCUUAUCGCUAAUAUAUAGUAUGUAUACAGCUAGGUAAAUUUCGAUGAUAAAGUGGGUACUGAUA